GAUUGUCGCAUUAACCUGAAAAAUGGCGGCUAAUAUUAACGGCGUGUUCAGUGAAAAUUUGCAAAAUGCAAUAUUACACAGUAAAGUACUCAUCGUAGGUGCUGGUGGAAUCGGUUGCGAGAUAUUGAAGAAUCUUGUUAUGACAGGAUUCACCGACAUCGAAAUUGUAAAAUACCGAACAGUGCAUAAGUAUUGUUUUUAUUCUAUUGAUUGUGCGUCGGGUGUAUGAUCCGUUGCAAAAGAAACAGCAUUAACAUUUAAUCCCGAUGCAAAAAUAGUACAUUAUCAUGACAGUAUUACAUCUUCUGAUUAUGGUGUAUCAUUUUUUAAGAAGUUCACAUUAGUUAUGAAUGCACUUGAUAAUCGAUCAGCUAGAAAUCAUGUAAAUAGAAUGUGUUUGGCUGCAGAUGUGCCUUUAAUUGAAUCUGGCACAGCUGGUUAUGAAGGACAAGUAGAACUUAUAAAAAAGGGAUUGAGCCAAUGUUAUGAGUGUACUCCAAAAGCUGCACAAAAGACAUACCCUGGCUGUACAAUCCGUAACACUCCCAGUGAGCCAAUUCACUGUAUAGUAUGGGCUAAGCACUUAUUUAAUCAAUUGUUUGGUGAAGAAGAUCCUGAUCAAGAUGUUUCUCCAGAUACUGCUGAUCCAGAGGCAGCAGCUGCAGCAGGUGAAGGUGCUUUAAAUUCAGAAGCAAAUGAAAAGGGAAAUGUUAAUAGAGUGUCGACUAGAGCUUGGGCACAAUCAUGUGGCUAUGAUUCAGACAAGUUGUUUACAAAAUUAUUUCAUGAUGACAUAAAAUAUUUACUUAGUAUGGACAAUUUGUGGAAGAAGAGAAGACCACCUACCCCUCUGAGUUGGAAGGAACUACCAGAUGGAGUACCAGGAUGUAGUAAAGAAGUAAAUGAACCUGGCUUAAAAGACCAACAACGCUGGAGCAUUUCUAAAUGUGGAGUCAUAUUUGCUGAAUCAAUAAAGAACUUAAGCAAAACAUUAGCAGCCUCUCAAGAGAAGUUGAAAAACAAUCACCUUGUUUGGGAUAAAGAUGAUCAAAGUUCAAUGGACUUUGUUGCGGCAUGUGCUAACAUAAGAGCUCACAUUUUUGGUAUAUCUCAGAAAACAAGAUUCGAUAUAAAAUCAAUGGCAGGGAAUAUAAUUCCAGCAAUUGCAACUACAAAUGCAAUAGUCGCAGGCCUAGUUGUUCUUCACGCAUUUCGUAUACUAGAGGGUAAUUUAAAGGCAUGCAGAUCCGUGUAUUUGCGUUCCAAAAUGAACCAUCGCAAUCAGUUGCUAGUACCAGAAAAAGAUGUUAAUCCACCCAAUCCAAAAUGCUAUGUAUGCGCACCAACGCCGCACGCUGUAUUAGCAGUUGAUACAUCUAAAAUGACAAUCAAAGAGUUGGAUGAAGUAGUAUUAAAGAAUAGAUUAAAUAUGAUCGCUCCAGAUGUUAUGAUAGAUGGUACCAGUAAUGUUGUUAUAAGCAGUGAAGAAGGAGAAACCGAAGAAAACAAUGAUAAACUUUUAGAAGAACUAGGAAUUAAGGAUGGUACUAUUCUUAAGGUUGAUGAUUUCCAACAAAAUUAUUCGUUAACUGUACAUGUGGUCUAUAGAGAACGACCAAGUGUACGAAGUGAUAGCACUGAUUUCCUCAUCCUAGCUGAUGAGAAAGAUCUUAAACCUAAGGAAGAAAAUGACUUAGAAAAACCAUCUACUUCGAAUGGCCAGGUGGAGCAUGAAUCCGACGACACUGUAAUGAAUGUUGAAGCUGAUGUUAUUCCGUCAGAAGUGACGAAGAAACGUAAAAUUGAAAUGCCUGAGAGUGUUGCAUCUCCAAAGAAACGAAAAAAGGAAACUAACAACACGGAUGAUAAUGAUGUAUGUAUAAUCGAAAAUGAUGUUAAUAACGAGGUCAUCGAUAAUACUUUAAAAUCUAAAUCUAAACGUGAAGUAUCAGAAGAUGAUGACUGUUUAAUCAUAUACGAUGAGAGUAUGCAAACAACUGUUGUUUUGGAAUGA